AGGACAUGCGUUAGAAAGUACUCCUGGAGAUGAGUGGACCACUAGACCCCAGGACUACCUGCCAGAAAUGUUCUUCCACUUGGUUGACACAAUAGGUUUCUCCAAUUUUGAUUUUAAUGAAUUUGCUGAGUUUAAGAACAUCUUGAAUGGAAAAAUACAACCUGGUGAUGCUAUCGCCCAUCCUUCUGAUCGACAGAUCUAUCUACAGAAGUUAACGAGAUUCCCAUUGUUUGAGAAACGAGUUCAUGGAGUCAUUAUUGUUGUUAAGGCAAAUGACCCUCGGCUAACUAAUGGAGAAUUUAAAGAAUACCUGCAGCCAGUUAGAGAUAUACUUCAAAAUAGAGGUAAUUUCCUACCAAUUUUUCUAACCGAGAUUUUUCCACCUUGUUCAUUAACGUUUUAUUCCAAGACAGGUCGUCUUUCCUCGAUGACUGCCGAUCCAAUUUCUCGAUCAAAAUCGUAUUAAUCCUAUAAACUCUAGAGAAAUAUUUUGAGAUUGCACUAGUUGGUACGCGAAAGGGGAAACAAGGGUUACAUUUUUCUUUGUUUGUUUGUUUUUUUUUCACACAAGGAAUGACACCUACCACAGUCGUCACGCAUUGUGACACACUGCGGACAGAAGAGAAUAGUAUGACCGCCCUCAACGAAGCUUCAGAAGCUGUAGGAAGUUCUCCCAGUAGCACAUACUUGAUCAGGAACUAUACCAAAGAAAACAGGACACGUGACCUUGAAAUUGAGCUUAUGGCACUUAAGAUUCUGCACAGUGCAGUGAUAGGAGCUGAGAGGGCAGUCGCAAAGAUCGUAACAGGGACAGGUUUGUUGAGCAAUUGUCUGGUUGAUAGAUUGGGAGACUGACUAAUUCACUGAGUGACUGAUUGACUAAUUAACUUGCUAGUUUUAUUUAACAUCUUUCCUCUGUAGAUGGCUUAUGCUUGUGUUCGAUUCUUGGGCUUACAAUGCAUACGCAAGUGUAAACACUAAUCAUCCGAAUUUCUGCCCUGUAUCUAUCUUUUAUUCCUUUCAAACUAUUUAAUUUCUCCUUAGUACCUCGAGAGAUUCUUCAACGUGCACCGAUGGCGUUUGAAGCUCACGAUAAAGCCCACAGUGAGGGAUCCACUGUCGUUAAAAGAGUUCCCAUCAUAUUCAUUGGACAGCACCGUUCUGGAAAAACUAGCGUUAAGAACUCACUCAGGGGCCAACCUUUCAAGGUAAAUGAAGAUAGCAUUGCUGGGAAAGAUGAAAAUUCCUCUUCGUUCAAAAUGUCUCGUGAGAUUUGGAAGGUGGGAGAGAAGGACAAAGACGCUAAUUAUGAUUCAGCAUUCUCUUUUGAGCAUCAUCUUGCGCGAUCCACCGUUCAAUAUUUGAGAUACAGAACAAUUGAAUUGGAGCCACGUGGAGCCAUUUCCUCAGAAAGCUCAAACCCAAAACACAUCAGCAACAGCCCAGAAUCUAAAUUUACUGCUUCUGAUGUGACUCACGCAGAAAUUCAUGACCCUGAUAUGACAACCGAGAUGCCGAAAGAUCAUCAGCCCGGUGAAAAGCCGGAAUCUUCAGAGAAUUUCACAAAUACGGCACAUGGUGUCAGCGACGAUUCAAAGUCAGAAGAAUUUCUACGCUCCUUGACGGAAGUUUUGCUGCAAAUGGAAGUGGAGGAAGAAGAUUUAUAUUCUAUGCUGUGGGAAUUUAAUGGAGAGUCAAUUAACCAUACAACAUAUCCAGUUUUUCUGACUCACAAAGCAGUCUACAUAUUGGUUUACGAUCUUAGCCAGAAUGCAACAGCGAUCGCCAAACCCGUCAUAAAGCAAGGGCGGUACAGAGAGAGAGAAGACAGCCACUUCUCAAAAACAAAUUUAGAUUACCUCAAGUUUUUGAUGUCUUCUGUUGCCUCCUCAGCCAGCCAACAUGAAAAUAAUCCAUCAAAUUCUAUAUCAGAAGUACUACCGGAAAAGCUACCCCCAGUACUCUUGGUGUUCACUCAUGCAGACACGCUUGGGGACGAUGUUGACGCUAGAAAAAUUGUAAGAGACGUUUAUGGGUCCUUAAAGCAGACGCCGAGUGGAGUCCACUUGUACAAAGAUUUCUUUGUCGUUGAUACUACAAAAUCUGGUCAAGAGUUUGAGUGUUCGGAGAUCGUGCGCUUGCGAAAGGAGGUACUUGCUGUAUGCAGUGAAUUGCCACAGCUGAGAGAAACUAUUCCAAUCCAGUCGUUAAUAUUCGAAAAAGCAAUCCAGAAGAAGAAAGAAGAGGGUCACAAAUUUGUUUCCCUCGAGGAUGCCAGACUACUUGCGUUCGAAGAAUGUAACAUUAGUGACGAAAAACAGUUCCAGAGAGCAAUCACCUUUUUGCAUGACCAAAGAAUAUUAAUUCACUUUGAUGAGACUCCGGAGCUGAAUAGAUUAGUUAUCUUGGAUUUUGAGUGGUUACUCAACGUGUUCAAGGGAGUAAUGUCAGUCAAGUUAUAUGAAGGGUCAGAGAACAUUUUUGAACAUCUAUGGCGAAAGCUUGAGACGGAAGGAAUCCUGGAGGAAAAUCUCCUAGAAUAUGUCUGGGGCCCACUGCAUGACAAGCAAAACACUUACGAGAGUCUUCUCGCAGUUAUGGAGAAGUUCAGCUUGAUUUGCCCUUUGCCCUCGCUUGAUCAUUCUUGUGGUAAGAUGUAUCUUGUGCCAUCCAUGUUAAUGUCUUAUCCCACAGAGGGUAUUACAAGUCUUGUUGCAGCUGCACGAAUUCCUCCUAUUUUUCUCACAUUUGAGUCUGGUCAAGUUCCCUCUGGUUUGUUUCUCCGAAUUGCCUUGCAAUUGGUUCAGUGGAACAGAAAAAACAAUCCAAACUCAGCAAACUUCAACUUUUAUAGUAAUUAUGCCAGAUUCUAUCCAUCAGUAAAGGAGAAAUGCUCUGUGAUCCUCCGGUGUUAUUCGUCUUACAUUGAAGUUGUUGUACAUGGAAAUAAUCGCAAUCAUGAGUCGGAGGAUGGUUCACGCUCAGAGUUGGAUUUGCGGGGACAGGAGUCCUUCGAUGAAAAUUGUGCUCGAGCAGUGCGCAGGCAGCUGGAUAUGAUAGUUAAUUCCAUGCAUUCCAAGUUCUUCUGGCCAAAGAACACGACGUACAGAGUUAGCUUCAUGUGCCCAGUUUGUUGCCAGAACGGUGGAAUAGUUAAACAAUGUAAAUUUCACCUUGAACAAGGUUGCAAGCAAGAGGAGUGCUUGCAUUUUUUAUCUGAGUCUGAAAUUUGUAGUGCAGACAUCAUUUACUGUACCAGGAAUGCUGUGGCACAGGAAAUAAGUGUUCGAAAAGAGCAGUUUGAGCCCUGGAUUAAGACCAUAUCACAACAGGUAUGCUAUUUACGUUAGCUAUGAAGAUUGUCAUUCGUCGAAAAAUUAUACUUUUACCGACUCGUUCAAUUUUAAUUAUGAGUUAAAUUGUAUCAUCUCCAGACUGUCACGGAAUAAUUAGAAGAGUACUUGAGCUGAAACUUCUAAAAUCCGAAGAUAAAUCAAUUUAAAUUUUAAUAACCAUUAUCUUGAUCCACAGGAAACAAGUGAAGAACUAGUUGAGGCACAAGUUUCUUUAGAACAAGAAGGUAGUAACAGCUUAUGUUUGUUUUCUCCCGCUUUAGAUCAUUAUCCGUCGUCUCUGCUCUUUCUAUUCGCAGCUUGAAAGGUUUUCCCAGACCUUAAAGGUCAAAGCAUUACUCCAACCCUAAGUUCAAGGCUCCUUACCAAUAUAACUCACUUUUUCCAAAUCGCCCUGAAAACUAGGAGAAGAAAUAGUUCCCCAAGACCUUCCUCCUGAGAUUCGAGACUUCCUUGCAUUACCGUUACGUGAUACCCGGGGCGUAUAUUUGAAAGAUCUUGGUGAAAUCAAAGUAAUUUUGAUGACGGACCCAGCUUUCCCUAGACGUUCAGAUCCAAAGACAAAGAAAAGGAUCCGUUCGCUAGCAAGGGAGUCUGUAGCGAAAAAGCGGCACGACGUGUUAAAACAUCUAAGAAAAAUUACACCAGCUGGAUCUACUGGUGAGUCUUUCAUUUGCUUUCAUGCUGUGAUAUCCUUGCUCCAAGUUUUUUUUGUCCGUCUUACACAAGAAAAUGACUCCAAAAAUUUAAGGAGCAAAUGUAUCCAUGCCAGGACAAGAAAUUUCUCAACCUUUCUCAGGGAAAUAACCCAAAUGAGGGUUUACAUAGACAUAACCGUUUCAACUUAAUUCGACGAACACUUUUUAAUUAGUUCUCGAUGCAGUUUAGAUAUAUUAAAAUGAAGAAAUACUUUGAGAACUAUGAAUUAACUAAUGUACAUUGAAAAUAAUGCGAACAAAAACAUUUUGAGUUCGGGUUUGAAAGGGGUUGUAGUGAAUAAUUUGAUGCUGAUAUUAUUUGAAAGCAUCCACCUCAAAUAGGUGUCCCUGGAACACUAGCUUCUGCUUGGGCGUUCACCUUACUCGUUAAGUCUAGCCUUUUCCAAGCAGGACAUUUUUAAGGGUAAUAUUGUUAGUAUCGAAGGCACUUGAUGCCAGAAUUUAACUGUCUGACCGCACCACAGCUAACUUUUAUUUCUUAGGUCCUUCUAUUCCUGAAAACACCGACGUUCGUAACAGCGUUCGUCUUAUCGUCGGAAGAAGAGGCUUACAGAAGCACUGAGUGGUGAGUCAGACAUAAUACUUGUAUGAAAUGGAUAUCUGAAAAGUGAAAGCAGUUGUACCAAGGAGACCCGACCAUUGUCUCACAUCUCGCUUCUCUCUUAUCAUUUUUAGUUUCUGGUGAACAGAGGCAAACUAGGCGGGGCAGGGAAGGGGAGCUGUUUAAAACACUCCCUAUCUCUCACCCUUUAAGAUUUAAGAAGAUUCAGGACUUAAUCAGUAAAAAAAUCAUUGGAAACGAGCAUUUUUUUGCCAAACUUUUUUUUCUCCUGCAUUUAGGUGGACAAGACUGGAAGUUGCUGGCCGAAAAACUUGGUUUACGCGCUGAUGAAAUUCGAUUUUUAGACUUCCGCGUUAAAGAUCCUUGUGAAGGGGCCUUAAACAGAGUUGCUUCCCAGGGUUCCCUUAAUGUUGGUGAUCUGUACAACUACUUAGUCGAGCUUGGUUAUCCUCUAAUAGCUGACGAACUGUGAAGCAAAGAUACUUAUUGUACAUCUCAAUAUCUUAGACUUAAUGUGUGUUUUUACAUUCUGCUGAAACAAUUCUCUAACAUUUUAAGAAUGUCCAUGAAAAAAGGAUUAGGCAAACUUCUCGUUUUAGAUUAAGCCUUUAAAAACAUUCGCUGCAUAUCUCUUGCCGAGGCACUCAUAACCUGCGAUGAUGCUCUCCUUGGUAGCGUGGAGGGGAUUCAAUAGUUUGUCAGCGAAAGAUUACAGCCGUUUGUUUGCAAACGCGAUGUUCUCUUAAGUCAUUCUUCAUGUACCUAAUGCGAUAUGUGAUGCAUAAUUAAACUAGACUCUGUUGAAAGCGUUAACUUGAGCCUGCUCGAGGAGUAUAUAAUGAAAGAGGGGCGAGUUAUUUCCGAUUAAAAUGUGUUUCUAAUUUAGUUCACUAUAUGCGAUACAAUAUAAUUACUGUGUAGUAAAAGAUAAUAUUGCAAAUUCAUUUCAAGCUUUGACUCUUCUACUGUUCUAGUCUUAAACUGAAACCUUCAUAGUAAUAAAAAAGUACUCUGCUUUAGCUUCUCCUCGACCACGGUCAACUAAACGGAAUAAUAAGACCAUACAGUAUCAUACAAGUUUUAUUGUCACACUCUUAGCUUUUCAGCUGUGACAUUACAUAAUAAAAUGACACACCACCUUAUUUACAGGUGUUCACAUAAUUAAAUUAUAUUUUUAAGUAAAUACUAUAACAUAUGAAUAAAUAUUUUAGAAUUCAC